AUGUCAGAGAAGGUGAACCCAGAUACAAGAACAAGUUUGGUACUGGAUAAACACAACCGGUUCAAAUACCUAUUUGUUGCGUUGAGAGCCUCCAUUGAAGGUUUUGAAUACAUGAGGAAAGUCAUCACUGUGGAUGCAACUUUCCUGAAGACUGUUGAAGGUGGUUGUUUAGUUAUUUCCACGGCUCAGGAUCCAAACCUUCACCAUUAUCCAAUUGCCUGUGCUGUCGUUGAUGGGGAGAAAAACGAAAGCUGGAAGUGGUUUUUCACGACGCUGAAAACUGUUAUACCGGAUUCGACGGAAUUGGUGUUUGUUUCAGACAGAAAUACAAGUCUGAUAAAAGCUGUUGCUGAAGUGUAUCCGAUAUCUAAACAUGAGUUUUGUAUCUGGCAUCUAUCGCACAAUGUGAAAGAGACUGAGUUUGAUAAGCAGUAUAAAGAAUUUAGGGAGAGGUAUCCAUCGUGUGCUGUGUAUCUUGAUAAAUGUGUCGAUGUAAAAAAGUGGGCGAAGUGUCAUUUCCCUGGUGCAAGGUACAACAUAGACACCUCUAAUUGUGCGGAGUCUUUGAAUGCGCUGUUUGAAAAUGCGCGAAGGAUGGAUUUAUUGCCUAUGCUUGAUACAGUUAUUGACAAAAUGGCUGAGUGGUUCAACAGACAUAGGAAGGAUGCAGCAGAAGGACCAUCGUCUCGAAAAUUGGUUCCUCAUGUGGAGAACAAAAUGCAUGACAGAGUACCGAAAGGUUCAAAACUUAUAGUGACUUCGCUGAACAGUUUUGAGCUUGAAUACAGUGUUAUUGGAGAAGACGGGAAGACUUAUAUCGUGGAUUUGCAGAAGCAUACGUGCAGUUGCAGGAAGUUUGAUAUAGAUAAAUUCCCAUGUAGACAUGCAAUAGGCGCUAUCGUUAAGUGUUUGAAGCAUGAUAGACCAGUACAGGUGAGUGACAUGUAUGCUUUCAUUUCGACUUAUUACUUCAUUGAAUUGUGGCCUUUGGCGUAUCGAUGGACUGUAUAUCCAGUGCCUCAUAUGACUCAUUGGAAGGUUCCACCAGAAGUCGCGGCUAAGUGUCCCUUACCUCCAGAGUACAAAAAAAAAAGAAGGGAAGAAAGCAGGAAAAAAGAUUUCCUGCGGCAGGAGAAAGACGGUCCCGUCAUAAUAAGUAUAUCCGGAAUAGGGGUUUGGCUAGCUAUUUCAACUGCUCACAGGGAGCUCAAGGAACUGAAGGAUCAAAAGGGACACAAGGGACACAAGGGACACAAGGGACACAUGAGACACAAGGGACUAAAGGGACUCAAGGAUCACAAGGCACUCAAGGAACAGAAGGAACAGAAGGAACACAAGGGACUCGAGGGCCUCAAGGAGCACAAGAGACUCAAGGAACACAAGGGACUGAAGGAACACAGGGGACUCAAGGAUCACAAGGCAGUCAAAGAACAGAAGGAUUCCAAGGCACUCAAGGAGUUGAAUGUGAGGAAAAUCAGUGAAAACUUUGUGAAAAGAUGCGUUAUAUGA